GGGCGGGCACGUGAGGAGCUGAGCCCGGGGGUGGUGUGUACAAUCAAGAGGGUACACCUUGGUGACCCCGCGUGUGACCUCGGGGUUAGCGUGUGGAGGGGUCGCGGCCCCCAGCGUGGUUUACAAGGCCCCCAGCGCCCCCCACCAGGCACAGGACCCGCUCUUCUUGUUGAGGCCUCCAGUGACGGGCGGGCAGGGGACGGCAUGGCGGUGGCAGCAGGGUACAACGGGGAGGUCAUGUUCCUGCUCCCCUACUCCCUGCUGGCUCGGGCGGAUCUCGAACCCCGGGCAACGGAAAUACUCGUGCAGGACGCUAUGCUUUCCUGCGUCAGUGAGUCCGUGGUGUGGUUCCAAGUGAAGAGCUUUACACGCAGGAAGGUGAUGCCCAACACCCGCCAGCUCUCCGGCCAGCUCCACCUCUCCAAGCUUAAUCUACGCUCUCCAGACCUCAAGCGGCUCUCCUGAUGUUCGCGCUCCCUAGGCCAGAUGAGAGUGACGUGUGUGUUGUGUGUGUGCGCUUCUUUCUACCGCUACCAUCGAUACUGGCGGAGAGAACGAUGACCGCAGGAAAUGGUGGAGUGUUAUAUGUAUGAAUCCCAGCGCUGCCACCAUUGUAUUAUUAUUUGGCGGAUAGAACGACGAUCAGAAGCAAUGAUAGUGUGUUACCAAUGUGAAUCCCAGCGCUGCCACCACUGUAUUAUUAUUUGGCGGAUAGAACGACGAUCAGAAGCAAUGAUAGUGUGUUAACAAUGUGAAUCCUAGCGCUGCCACCAUUCUAUUAUUCUUUGGCGGACAGAACGACGGCCAAAAGAGAUGAUAGGGCGUUAUAUGUACGAAUCCUACCGCUGCCACCAGUAUAUUCUUGCUUGACGGAGAGAACGACGACCAGGAGAUACAAUAGUGAAUUACUUAUAUGAAUCCUACAGCUGCCACCAUUGUAAUACUCUUGGCAGGCAAAACGAAGACCAGAAGAGAGAUGAUAGCGUGUGUUACCUUGGCUUUGGACUGAAAACAAAAACUUCUACAGAUCCAUACGAUGACGGUAAGUGAAGACGAUACUAACGAUGGAUAACUUCUCUCACCUAUACACUAUACCUGCUUUUGUUUACUCUUCCUUUCCUGCGUAGAAGUGAGGAUAGAUAGAUAGACAGAGAGAUAGAGAGAGGGAGUCUAAUACCCUACUAAUACUGAUCUAUAUACCUUACCAGCCUGCCUUUAUGCCCACCAACGCUGCCUGUACUCUUGGUGUUGUAGCCUUAGUCUCUGGUUCACGAAGAAAGAAGGAAAAGCGGAACGAACACACAGUUGAAGUAUACUAAAGAACAUGUAAAAUAUACCCCGUAGAAAACUUGUGGAAAGGAAAAACAGCAAUACUAGAUAAUUAAAAUAUGGGAAAUUCGUAUUAUGGAACAAAUUAUCGUUUACAACAGGGGAAAAUAGCAGAACGAUUUAGCACAUGAUGUACGGUUAAAUGAUUAUAAAAAAACACCCUAAAAAGUACGGAAAGAAAAAAUUAUAUUAGACAAAGAAAAGCAAUAUGCAGCACUCAUACCCCAGCUUUUUUUUUAUUAUAUACAAUGAACUAAAACUGAACGAACACUACGGAUACAACGGCCUCGUCUUAUGGAAACACUUGUAGAAUAUAUUAACGAGCUUAUGAUAAAAAAAGUGCAAGAUAGAUAACAUUACAAAAAAGGUUAAAAAUCACAAAAAAUAGCAACAAUUACGUAUCGCUAAGAACACUUCAACAUACGGCGGCCUUGUCGAUAAAGAAACACUUGUAGAUUAUAUUAACGAGCUUAUGAUAAAAAAGUGUAAGAUAGAUAACAUUACAAAAAAGGUUAAAAAUUACAAAAAAUAGCAACAAUUACGUAUCGCUAAGAACACUUCAACAUACGGCGGCCUUGUCGAUAAAGAAACACUUGUAGAUUAUAUUAAUGAGCUUAUGUUAAAUAUAUUUGACAGACAUUACGAAAAGGUUGAAAAUAUAUAAAAAUACCAACAAUUGCGUAUCUCUAAGAACACUUCAACAUACGGCGGCCUUGUCGAUAAAGAAACACUUGUAGAUUACACUGAUACGUUAAGAAUAAAAAAAAUAAUAAGGAUAAUAAUAAGAAAAUGAUUGACUCGUGUAAAAAAAUAGGACUUCAGCUUCUUCCCAAUAAUAUUAAUGAAGCGAAUUAGAAUCACACACACACUGACAGGGUUUGAUGAAGGAGAUAUAUAGCGUGUAAGGAUGAAUAAUUAACUUGUUUUGAUUUUAAUUAAAGGUACACUAAUUAGGGUUAAACACAGGUAUAUCACUAAUGUGUGUGUGUGUGUGUGUGUGUGUGUGUGUGUGUGUGUGUGUGUGUGUGUGUGUGUGUGUGUGUGUGUGUGUGUGUGUGUGUGUGUGUGUGUGUGUGUGUGUGAUAAGGAAAGGGAAAGGAAGGGAAAGGGAGAUAAGGGCGUGUUGGGAAGGAAAGGUUAAAAGAGAGAAGGGUAGGGGAAGAAAAGAGGAAAGGAAGGAAGGGAAAGAAUAGGAAAAGGAAGGGAAAAGGAAAAAACUGGUGUGAUAGAGAAAGUAAGGAAAAUGUAGAGACAGUGAACGCUGGGGAAGAGGAGGAAAAGGAAGGAAAGGGAGAGGAAGGGAAGGAAAAGAAAGACAUAGGAGGGAAAGGUAAGGAAAAGGAGGGAAAGGGAAGGAAAAGGAGGGGAAAAAAGGGAAGGUAGAGGAAAGAGCUAGGAAAGGAAACAUCAUUGGUGUGUGUGUGUGUGUGUGUGUGUGUGUGUGUGUGUGUGUGUGUGUGUGUGU